AUGGUCACACCAGAAUUGUCCCAAAACAAGUCUCACUACUCUCCAAUGGCAAAAGCAAGUGUUAGAAACAAAACCUCCUCUUGGUUCAGUGAUGGGUUUCUCUAUCUUGGUGGUGCUUUACUAGCCUUUUUACUAGUUUGGUCAGUUUGGUCCUACGCAGUUCCUAACAAUUUCGACCCCAAAAUGAAUACAAAAUCCGCCGCCACCACGCGAAACCAGCAAUGCGUUCAAGAAAAGCCUGAAGUCAAUUUGCGCUACGACCCACCAGAGCAAACCUUCUAUGACGAUCAAGAACUGAGUUAUUCGAUCGAGAAACCCAUCAGGAACUGGGACGAGAAGCGAAAAGAGUGGCUUAAACAUCACCCUUCAUUUGCCCCUGGUGCUCGUGAUCGUGUGGUUCUUGUGACUGGAUCGCAACCAAAACCAUGUAAGAAUCCAAUGGGUGAUCAUUUACUUUUAAGAUUCUUUAAAAACAAAGUUGAUUAUUGUAGAAUCCACGGUUAUGAUAUCUUUUACAACAACGUUCUGUUACAUCCAAAAAUGAAGAGCUACUGGGCCAAACUACCGGUCGUCAAAGCAGCCAUGUUGGCUCACCCAGAAGCUGAGUGGAUCUGGUGGGUCGACUCGGAUGCUAUGUUCACCGACAUGGAGUACAAGCUUCCGUUACGGCGUUACGAUUACAAGAAUCAUAAUCUGGUGGUUCACGGUUGGGAAAAACUGAUUUACCAGAGGAAGAGUUGGACUGCUCUAAACGCUGGGGUUUUUCUGAUUAGAAACUGUCAGUGGUCCAUGGAUUUCAUGGAGAAAUGGGGAAGUAUGGGUCCCAUGGGUCCUGACUAUGCGAAAUGGGGUCAGAUCCAGCGGUCAGUAUUCAAGGACAAACUGUUCCCAGAGUCAGACGACCAGACGGGUUUGAUUUAUAUGCUUUACCAAGAUAAGAAUUUAAUGGACAAGAUUUACUUAGAAGGAGAGUAUUAUUUUGAAGGGUAUUGGGUAGAUAUAGUGCCAACGUACGAUAACAUAACGGAGAAGUACACGGAGUUAGAAAAAGAAGACGGGAAAUUGAGGAGACGACAUGCAGAGAAAGUGAGUGAGCAAUACGGUGUCUUUAGAGAGCCACACUUGAAAGAGGCCGGGAGCGGCAAAGGGAGCUGGAGAAGACCGUUUAUUACGCAUUUUACUGGCUGUCAGCCUUGUAGUGGGGACCACAAUCAGAUGUAUCAAGGGGAGACUUGCUGGAAUGGGAUGGUCAAGGCCUUGAAUUUUGCUGAUAAUCAAGUUCUGAGGAAGUAUGGUUUUGUACACCCGGAUUUACUGGAUUCUAACACCGUCACCGAGACGCCGUUUGAUUAUCCCGAUGAGGGGCCUUGGUAA